CUGCGGCUCUUCCGGAGGGAGUGACGAACUUUGUCUGGACCAACGCUGCCUGUUGACGCACGAAAAUUCGGGCUCAGAAACUCAGCCAACCACUUCACCACCCUCCUCUUUGUGCGACAAAUGGGGUUACACACCAAUUCAAUCAAUAGCUUCUGACAAACAUGAGACUGAGUGCACCCAUCCAAAGCGCAAACUUCACCGACCUAUUCCAAUCGCCUGAGAACCUUACCUGGGACCUGAAUGCCACCCUCCCCCACUACAAGGACCUGCCUGAAUACAAGACCAAGCCCGAGAUCUGGUACCCAUACUGCCGCAACUGUGCCCUGCGCUCGCCCAUCGCCCCGGACUCGACCUGGUCGCAACUGCUCUGCGAUGCCGAUCUGGGAAUCAAUCACACAACGCCCAUCGUCCAGAUCUUUAGCACACAAUGGUUCCUGCCAGUCAUUCAGCAUAAUCCGCAUUGGAGACGGGAACUCUGCCACAUGUUCCCUGCGGGCGGCAGCAACGCGUUCCAGGCCCUGGCCAAGACACUGUUGAGGCCCGCGAUGGCCGUGCAGGAAAAGAUUGAUUCGGUCAUGAAACGCAUCCCGGAGGGAACCACGCUGAUUGGGCUUCAGGUGCGCAGGACAGAAAACAAUGCGGUUGGGCAGGGCAUUGAGGAUUCGUUCUUGAGCUGUGCUGCUGAGGUCGUUGAGGAGGAGGAAGCCAAAGCUGCUGCGAUGAUCUCUUGGAGACCUGGAUCUGGAUCUGGAGGCCUGGACAGGAACAUGACAGGAUUCGAUGACGAUGCAGAGGACUCUGUUUUGCGUCGGACACCCAAGUUUGCUUACUAUCUCGCUACAGACUAUCGUCCUACGCGAGCCCACUUCCAAGCGAUCGUGGGUAAUCAGCUCUACGUCCUCGACAGCACCUUCCAGUCCCAAAAGGCCCAACCACCGUCUUCCUUCUCGCUCUCGUCCUCUUCAACCAAUGCCUCUGGAUCCGAAUCGGCAGACUCGGACGACACUUCACCAGCGUUCGCGGCGUCGUACUCCUCGUCUUCUCUCUCGCAGUCCACUUCUCAAACUGAAGCCGUCGUCCGGAACUCUGUUCAGGGCGUCCAAACUGCCGUCGCCGAAAUGUUCCUUCUCGCCCAGUCCGACCGUAUCAUUUCAUCGCCUUAUUCGACUUUUGGAUACUUUGCUCACGGAUAUGCGAAUGUCCAACCAAAUAUCGUCAAGCGCGAUGGCACCUGCAUCAAACGCCGGUCCACCCAACCAUGUUUCCAGUACUGGUUUGGUUUCGCGAACGGUGGCGCCAAAUGCUCUAUCAGAUCGACGGUCGAGAUGAGCGAGGAUUACGAUUGUUGGCUGUAGCGAGGGCCAUCUUAAACCAUGUUAGAUAUUACCACUUAUUGUACUUUCUCAUGUAAGGAUGUAAUCCACAACCUUGAUCGACAUAAAAGACAACCAUCGUGAUGUGCAAC